AAAGCCUCCCGGCUUUCAGCUGCUGGCUCCGCCUCUUCCGGCGCUUGGUCCGCCUCCCGGCUUCCAGCUCGGCAAGAAAGGCGGACGCAGAGUCCCAGUUGGUUGCCGUUGAGCCAUGUCUGCGUUAAACAGGGGAGGCGUCCAUGCCAAAUGGAUCAUUGGGAAGGUCAUAGGGACCAAAAUGCGGGAAACAGCCAAAGUCAGAGUGACGCGGCUGGUGUUGGAUCCCUACGUAUUAAAGUUCUAUAACAAACGGAAAACGUACUUCGCUUACGACCCCCAAAAGCAGUGCACGGAGGGCGACAUUGUUCUUCUGAGGGCUUUGCCCCAACGGAGGAGUAAGGAUGUGAAGCACGACAUUGCCGAGAUAGUGUACAAGGUUGGAAGGGUCAUUGAUCCAAUAACUGGGAAGCCCUGCACAGGCUGGAAGCUGAUGGAAAGCGUGACGGACUCAGAAAAUCUGACUGAAAAGGAUACCGACUACCUUAGUGAAAAAAUCCAGGAGCUCACUGUUUCUUCUCAAGACAAGUGAAGGUUUUAGAGUGAGAAAACAACCAGAGACUUCCCCCCCCCUUCUGUCUCUGUGGAGUUGUGUUUAUGUUCUUUAAAAUAUUAAGGAUUAAUAAUAAACUGGAGUUGAUGUGUUUGCACAGUAAUAAAAAUGGUCAAUGUAUUUGAAA